CUUCUAAUGUCCCUUUGGCUAAGGAGUUUUUGGAGAUAAGAGGGCGUUAUUACCGUCGUGGCGUCCAAUCAGCGAUGGAGUAUCUCAUGCCUACGCUCUCUUAAACUGAUCAUGCGGAGUACCCGACCGACUUCCCGCGCCACCAAAACGGGGUUAUCAUUGGUGGCUCCGACACUCGACCUUUUCGAUCGAGACGAGCGGCUUCGAGGAUGCCUCGAUCUGGUGCUUCCCCUCGUUCCUUUCGCCGAUUCGUCUUCUCGCGGCCUGGAAGAGGGUAUUUUUAUGUGUUCCUCCAAGCCUCUGUGCUGAUUCCUGCCCCUCCGAUCCAUUCGUCUCUCUGCGACUGUUUGUUAGGGUAAAAGAUCUUUCCUUUUCCUUCCGGUUGAAGCAGAUGGUGCGAGAAAUUGAAUCGAGAAAAGAAUGGGAGGAAUAGACACUAAGCCUUUUGAAUCUGUAAAGACUGCAUUAUCCUUUUUUGAGCAGAAAGCCGGUCAGAAUAGGUGCGCUUCCUCAGGAAACAUGGAGGAGCAGGAGGAGAAAGAUCUAUGCCUCUUGUUAAAAGAGUUAGCUAAUUGCAAAGUGCAGCUGGAAAUCAAUAAAUCUGCCAAUAAACAAGCCAAUCUGGAGCUUGAAGUCUAUCAUAAAACAGUUGAUGAUUUGUCAAUCCAGUUGGAAAAUUCUGUUGCUGAGAUUGAUAGAUACAGGGAAAAAUGUCAGCAAGCUGAAACCAAAAUAGCUAAACUUGAAUCUGAAAAUAAAGUUAUUGCACAGUCGCUCUUAGGAUCCAGCGAGCACGAAUCGGAACUACUUGGCAUUGUGGAUGAGUUGAAAGCCUUGCAAGAAGAAGAACAUGCCAUGGGAUCUGAGGUCACUGCUUCAGGACGAUUACAUACUAUGGCAGAAAGAAGAGCUGAGUUGAUGGGGCAAGCAAUUUUCUUAGAGAGUGAUCAGAGAAAGAAGUUAUUGCUGCACAUUUCAGCACUAAAUGAAGCCCUUUUUUCCUCUACACUGGCAGCCAUUGAAGCAGAUAAAGAGAGGUCUGCUUCCUUUUUCAGAAUGGAAGCAGAGUUGCACAUUACUAAAGAGGCACUUGCUCAAUCACAUGAUAAGCUAGAAGGGAUGAAAGAUCACUUGGAUAUGAUGAAUAACAUGGAGAAUGAACUAUUCGCAAAAAUGAUACAAGUUGAUUAUUUGCAAUCUGAACUGAAGCAAUUAGAAGAGUUGUAUAGUGCAUGCUCGAGAUUUGCUUUAGACGCUGUUAACGAUGCAAACCAGCUUGCUUCGGAGAUGGAAACACCAGAAGGGGCAAGAUCCAAGUAUUCAAGCUAUCUUGCCUUGAUGGAAGCCGAAAAAAAGAGAAUGCGCAACGAGCUUCAGAGUGAGAGAGAUAAAGUGAUUGAUCUAAAUUGCCAGAUUGAGCUUCUUUCCAGUAGAACGCAAACACUGAAACACGAGAUGUCCGAAAUGAGGGGAAGAGAGAUGGAUCUUGAGGAAGAAAUUGCGACACUGAAAGCAGAUCUUCACAGAAGCGGGUCAAGAAGAAUUUUAGCUGCUGAGGCUGCCGAAGCAAGGGCUACGAGUUCUCAAUCUGGGUUGUAUAUUGCUGUGCAGGAACUAGCAUUAGAAACUAAAUCAUCUAAGAUGGAAUCUCAAGUACAAAAGAAGGAUGCAGAAUCUGAAAUGGAGAUGGAUGAUAAAGCUGAUUAUGCAACUGAAACUAAACGUGGAAAGAGCGAUAUCAUUGAUGGUUAUGGUGGAAUUGCAAUCUUAGCCAAGGAAAGCAAUUCCUUAACCCUGGAGACCGGGAAAGCCAUGGGAAUUGCAGAUUCUCCUCGCUCUUCUGGAUUGGAACGAACUUCCGACGCUGACAUGUUAAACGAAGAGCUGGAAGCUGCAACCUCCAGAAUCAAUGAUUUGAGAUCCAACCUGGAAGAGGCAACAAGAAGAGCCGAGCUGGCCGAGAAAGCUAAAGCAGCAAUCGAGGAUCAGCUGAGGAAGUGGAGAGCAGAGCAGACACAGAGAAGGGCUGCUGCAGAUGGACUCACCAAGCAACGUCCGAAGAAAGACAGCAACAAUGGCAAGCGCCCCACUUGCACCCCAUCACUGCCUAAAUCAGUGCUUCGUCACCAUGCAGAUGGUUCUCCUCCGGAUUUCGAUGGAACACACCUCAAUUAUGUCCCUCUUGCUAAGGUUCUCAACAUGAAACUCUAAUCAAAUUCCAAGCCAAUUCUACGAGUCAUUUUAUCUAUGGUAAUCGUGUUGUUGCAUGAUUUAUGGCCAUCAUGUUCUCUAAUGGUGAAGUGAUUGAUAUUAAUAGCACUCGACAUUUGGAGGAAGUGUUCUAAAAUAAAUAAAUA